AUGGUCAAGAUCUCUGCCCUCAUCACCCUGGCUCUGGCCUCCGUCGCUCUGGCCACCUCCAACUCCGACUGCCAGAACAAGUUCGACACCUGCCGCUCCAGCGGUGACCCCAACGAGGCCGCCUGCGCUGCUGAGCACACCAGCUGCUGCGCAGACGCCUUCGACACCUGCCGUUCCAGCGGUGAUCCCAACGAGGCCGCCUGCGCUGCCCAGAACGCUGCCUGCAAGGGCCAGAAAUAA